UAUCGCUGCCUCCGCCGGACUACCACUCCCAGCGUGCACCGCGCCCGCCGCCGCCGGUACCGACGGGGUCAGCCGCUCGCGACUGGGACCGAGAGCGAGCCGGGACACGAACACGGCCUCAUUUCUUGCCAGGGACUGCUCCCGGGCAGCGCCGUCGCUCCCGCUGCCCGCUCGGGCCCGCUAGGGUGUGAGGGGGCGCGGGGCAGGCCGGGAAGGGCGCGGGGCAGGCCGGGAGUGCCCCGGCACUCGGCGAGGGGCAGCGGCAUCGACACCGACGCCAGCACCGACACCGGCGGGAUGUGGUACGAGAUCCUGCCUGGCAUGGCCAUCAUGGGCGUCUGCCUCACCAUCCCCGGCAUAGCCACCAUCUUCAUGCACCGCUUGUCUAACGGCGGCAAGGAGAAGAGGAUCGCCCGCUAUCCCUUCGAGUGGACGCUGCUGGAAAGGGACCGGCGGCUGUCGGCUGUCAACAAGCACUACGUGUCCAAGGGUCUGGAGAACAUAAACUAAGGUGUCAACGCUUUGAAAAAUUCAUCUAUCUAUAGAAAAUGAUUUAACUUUUGAAUAAAGCUAUACAUGUGUUCA